CUCUCAAAUAUGAGCGAGUCCAGCACAUGAACAUCUUCUUAAUUUUGUUACACCAGUCAUGUCGACCAUUGGGAUACUCAAGAUUGUCAUUUCCAAAUGAAGUUUGUUUUAAUCACUGAAUGAGAAAGAUGGAGAAUACAAACGUGAAUGAUCUAUCUCAGAUCCUCCCUCGUGUCCUUGUGGUCUCUAGACGCACACUUCGCAAGAACAAGUUUGUCGAUUUUGUCGGUGAGUACCAUCUUGAUCUUAUUGUUGAGUAUGGUGCUGUACCGGUGAUUGUACCACGAGUAGCUGGUGUUCACAAGUUGCUAGAGAGCUUCAAGCCCAUCCAUGGAGUUCUACUUUGUGAAGGAGAAGACAUAGACCCUUCUCUAUAUGAGUCCGAAUUAUCAUCCCUUUCACCUCAAGAACUCGACGAGAUUCGGAAAACACACGCAAGCGAUACGGCUAUCGAUAAAGAAAAAGACUCUAUUGAGUUUGCCCUAGCAAAGCUCUGCCUAGAACAGAACAUUCCUUACUUAGGGAUUUGUCGAGGAUCACAGGUCUUGAAUGUUGCUUGUGGUGGAAGUCUUUAUCAAGACUUGGAGACAGAGGUCACAAAUUACGUCUCCGAGGAGAACAGAAGAAACCACAUAGAUUAUGAUGACUAUGAUGGUUAUAGACAUGAGGUGAAGAUAGUUAAAAACAGUCCUUUGCAUAAAUGGUUCAAAGAUUCCUUAGAUGAAGAAAAGAUGGAGAUCUUUGUCAAUAGUUAUCACCACCAAGGGGUUAAGAGAUUGGCUCAAAGAUUCGUUCCAAUGGCUUUUGCUCCUGAUGGAUUGAUUGAAGGGUUUUAUGAUCCUGAUAUGUACAAUCCUGAACAAGGAAAGUUCCUAGUUGGUUUACAGUUUCAUCCAGAGAGGAUGAGAAAGAAUGGUCUCGAAGAAUUCGAUUUUCCUGGUUGUCCUGUUGCUUAUCAGGAAUUUGCAAAGGCAGUUAUUGCAUGUCAAAAGAAGCUGAAUAGCUCAUUGUCCGUUCCUAAGAAAUUGGAACUCAAUCAAGAAAUGGAGAACAAAAGAAAGAUACUUGUAAGAAGUUUCUCGCUUGCUAGGUCAAUGUACACUAGAUCUUAUUCGUUGAAUAACCAAUCCAUGGAAUCAGAACUUGAAGUUGGAGCUGAGUUUCUUGAGUCAAAUACGGCUCUAAGUGUGAAACAAGAGACGAGGCUGAAGGAGAUGGGAGCAACGAUGAGGAACGGUGGAUCAUUUACUGAGAAGCUAAAGCUUGAUGAGGAGAAACAGAGGAAAGCUAUGAACAUAAUGAAGAAGAUGAACGUUGAGAGACUCUCUGAGCUCAUCACUUUCUAUCAGUUGAUGGGGAAGAUCUCUACUGAGUUUCAAUGUGGUAACAUCACCGCUGGUUUCCCCUUUUGGGGAGGGAAUCGUCACAAAGAUUGCGGACAUCCAUUGCUCGAGCUUCACUGCGACAGAGAAAACAACAACACCUCUCUAAUCAUCUCAAAAGAAAAAUACUCUGUUUUUCAACUAAAUCAAGAAUCUAACACUCUUACACUUGCCAAAACAAAGCUUCUAAGCUCUUUUUGCUCUUCUGUGACCUCUGAAACAUACUUGCCUAAAGAAACUUUCGAGCUUUCGCCAACCUACAAGACCAUCCCCGUCUUCUACCUCUGCAUCUCUUCUACUCAUAACCUUUACACUCAUACAUGUCCUCAGAUGGGUUCAAUCUCAGCGUCUGAAAACCCUCAAUAUCAUAAGACCUGCCUUCAAAGUUUCAAUGUGUAUGUUCCAACGAGUUUCGUUACAAAAGAGAAAGAGUUGAAUAUGACCAAUUUGAAAAGGGUUUUACAAAAAGGAUUUGAAAUGAAGGUGAAGAUCAAUAAGAAUGCGUGUCAAGAUUGUGUAUCCUCUCAUGGAACUUGUAGCUUCGACGAAACAUAUCCAUAUGAAUUUAAUUGCAUUCCUCUCCAUCCACUCCAUCAUCUAACUGGGAAUCGUCCUAAAGAUUGCGGUAAUUCAUUGCUCGAGCUUCACUGCGACGAAGACGUCACUUCUCUAUCCAUCUCAGAUCAAGAUUUCAAUAUUUUACAAAUCAAUCAGACAUCAAACACUCUUACACUUGCCAGAACAGAUCAUCUAGGAUCAUUUUGCUCCUCUACAUUCACCAACACAGCCUUACCGCCCGAGCUUUUCGAGCUUUCCCCAAACUACCAAAGCCUCACUGUUUACUACAAUUGCAUCUGUCAUGAUCCUUACCUUUCAAAGAAUACAUGUCCUAGGUUAGGUAAUUAUUCAGUGUCUCAAAUCCCUAAAUAUAAUGAGUUCUGCCACGACAAGUUCACUGUGAACGUUCCUAAGAGUUUCGUUCCGGGAGAGAAAGAGUUCAGCUGGACCAGUUUGGAAAAUGUUUUAUGUAAAGGAUUCGAGGUGAAGGUAAAGAUCGAUGCAAAAGCAUGUCAAGAUUGUUCAUCCUCUCUUGAACACUGUGAAUUCAACAAAGCCUUGCCAUUAGGAGCUAAGUGCAGUCCACUCCAUCAACCAACUGCUAUGUUUCAGUGUGGGAACAUCACUGCUGGUUUCCCCUUCUCCGGAGCAAAUCGUCCUCAAAUUUGCGGUCAUCCAUCGUUGGAGCUUCACUGUUUUAACAACAAAACCUCUAUAAUCAUCUCAGACCAUCUUUACAACGUUCUUCAUAUAGAUGAGAAAUCUCACACUCUUAGACUCGCUAGAGCAGAGCUUGAAGGUUCUUUUUGUGAAGCUACAUUCACAUCCACAACCUUGCCUUCAGAACUCUUUCAGCUUUCGUCCACCUACAAGAGCCUCACUGUUUUCUACCUCUGCGACUCUAAUCUUUCCUACAGUUCCUCUUAUACAUGUCCUGGUAGAGGCCUUGUCUCAGUGUCUGAAACCCUUGAUUAUCAAAACUCUUGUCAAGCCAGUUUCCCAGUUAAUGUUCCUAAGAACUUCCUUCUAGAAGAGAAAGAGUUGAAUUUAACACACUUGGAAAAGGCUUUAAGAGAAGGGUUUGAAGUGAAGGUAAAGAUUGAUGAGAAAGCUUGUCAAGAGUGUUCAUCCUCCGGUGGAACCUGCGGCUUUCAAAAUUCAACACAGAUUUGCUGCAAAGAAUCCUCACCGUCAAGUUGCUAUAAACUCCAUUCACUUAAUGCUAAUAACUCUCAGAUUCACAAACGCUGCAGUGGCUCGUUUAGCUGUGGCAAUCAGACAGAACUCUUUUACCCUUUCUGGAAAUCUGGUGGUAGAGAAGACUGUGGCCACCCUGAAUUCAAGCUCGACGACUGUAGCGCAGGAUUCCCAGAGUUUAGCCUUUCCUCUGUGAAAUUCAGAAUCCUAGAAGCGGAUUAUAUCACUGGUAUCAUAAGACUUGCAAGAUUGGAUUACACAGAAGAUAUUUGUCCCGACCAUCCUAUAGAUGCACCAUUCAACGGAAGCAUCCUUCCAUUUGCUUCUAACACCAAGCUGCUGACAAUUUACUCCCAUUGUAGCAAUGACUUACCAUACCCUGUUCCUACUAAUGUUAAAGAGCUUGCUUGUGGGGAUGAGACUGAUGAUGAAAUAAGAUAUUACGUGACGAGGGACCUCUCAUUCUCUCCUCUUGACCAGAUUUCUACUCUUUUAAACGAAUUCAAAAGAUAUUGCGAUAGAAACGUCAGUAUUCCUGUAUCUGGACCAACACUCAACACUCUGCAGCUAACUUGGAGUAGAGAUAAUCUAAAGAAGGCUUUUGAAGACGGUUUCCAGCUUGGACCUAACCAAGAAUGUCCGAAGUGCAUUGAAUCUGGCGGUGCUUGUGGGUAUAAUCAGAGCUCAAGUAGUUUCACCUGCUAUUAUAUGGAAGAGCCACAUAAAGGCCUCUCGACUGGAGCAAUAGCAGGCAUUGUGGCUGGUUCUAUAGCGGGUUUGGCCAUUCUUACACUCGCAUGUUUAGUCUGUUUCAUCAGACGGAGAAGGAAGACUCAGGAAGCUCAAUACACAAGCAAGGACUUGCCGAUAACGUCUUACUCGAGUAGAGAAACAUCAAGAAAUCCAACUUCCACAACAAUCUCUUCCAGCAGCAAUCACUCUCUUCUUCCAUCACUCUCUAACAUCCCAAACGGAAGCGACUACUAUGGAGUUCAAGUCUUCAGCUACGAAGAACUUGAUGAAGCAACUGGGAAUUUCUCUAGAGAACUCGGAGAUGGAGGCUUCGGUACAGUCUACUACGGCAUAUUGAAAGACGGACGAGCUGUAGCGGUGAAACGACUCUACGAAAGAUCACUAAAACGCGUAGAACAGUUCAAGAACGAAAUCGAAAUCUUGAAAUCGCUAAAACACCCGAAUCUAGUAAUCCUCUACGGAUGCACAUCAGGACGCAGCAGAGAGCUCUUACUCGUCUACGAAUACAUCUCAAACGGAACUCUCGCCGAACAUCUACACGGCGACCGAGCAGAAGCUCGUCCUCUCAGCUGGUCAACCCGACUAAACGUCGCAAUCGAAACCGCAAACGCAUUAUCCUACCUCCACAAAUCAGGAAUCAUACACAGAGACGUCAAAACUACUAACAUUCUCCUAGACGAUAACCACCAAGUCAAAGUAGCCGAUUUCGGACUUUCACGGUUGUUUCCGAUGGAUCAAACUCAUAUCUCCACCGCACCACAAGGCACACCAGGCUAUGUAGAUCCAGAGUAUUACCAAUGUUACAGAUUAAACGAGAAGAGCGAUGUAUACAGUUUCGGAGUGGUACUAACCGAACUAAUCUCAUCAAAAGAAGCAGUAGACAUCACACGACACCGCCACGAUAUAAACCUCGCGAACAUGGCCGUAUCCAAAAUCCAGAACAACGCGUUACACGAGCUCGUGGAUCCGAGUUUGGGAUUCGAUAAAGAUCCGGAAAUUAGGAGGAAGAUGAUGUCGGUGGCGGAAUUGGCGUUCCGGUGUUUGCAACAGGAGAGAGAGGUUAGACCUGCGAUGGAUGAGAUUGUGGAGAUUUUGAAAGGGAUUAAGGAUGAGGAGAAGCGUGUGGUGGUUGUGGAGUCGCCGGAUGUUGUAGAUAUUGAACGCGGUGGUGGUGGUGGUGGUGAUGAUGUUGGGUUGUUGAGAAAUAGUAUUCCGCCGCCGAUUUCGCCGGAUACUGAUAAGUGGACGAGUAGUUCUGAUACGGCGGCGAGUUUGUAAAUUAGGUUCGUCCGUGACGUCACUGUAAGUGUCUUUUUUUAAAUUAAUGUAUUAUUGUUUUGUUU